AUGAAUAUACGCUCCCGUCUAUUCGGCUUCGGCGCCGCCCAGUUCUCCCAGUCCUCCGGCCGCCAAAAUUCCGUCCCCAAUUCCUCGUGCUCCCACUCGACAGCCGUCGCCGCCACCUCCUCGCCUGCUGCCUCUCGUCUUCCCGCCUCCCGUCUCCACCGGCUUUUCCCCGCCGCCUCGAAAACCCCAGACCCUAGCCGCAGCUCGCAGGUGUAGCAGCGGGCUGCGGCCGCCGCCUCGCCCCGAUGCCUCGAGCCUUCGAAGAGAUCUCCGACGAGGAGUGGUCGCUUCACACCUUCGAGCCUUCGCGCGUCCUCAAGCGCUCCAACAAGCCGCCCUCGCAGCCUCCGCCGCCGAUCGAUUCAUUCCGCUACAACCCCAAGUCUUCCUCCGCCGCCGGCACCAGCACUGCAACAGUCGUCCUCUCCGACGACGACUUCGACCUAGGUGCGGACGGACGGUCGCGCCGCGCCGCGAAGAGCCAGCGCGGCCUCAAGCGCCCGCAUCACGGGGCCCCUUCGCGGGCCCCUCCGUCGACUGGCUCCUUCCGCCACAAUCCUAAACCCUCCAAGGCCGCGGCGGCCUUGGGAUUGUCCGACAGCGAGGACGACGACUUCGACAUCACGAACCAUGACUUUGAUCUUCCUGCCUCGCCUUCGAGGACGUCACGCCUGCGCGGCAAAGGGAAAAACCAACGCGUUCUGAAGCGUCCGCAGCACCGGCCCCAUUCGCAGGCUCUUCCUUCAAUUGGCUCGUUCCGCCACAAUCCCAAGCCCUCAAAGGCCGCUGCCAUCACGGGGCUAUCUAACAGUGAGGACGAUGACUUCGACCUCACAGACCAUGACUUGGACCUUCCAGUUUCGCUUUCCAGGACAUCGCCCUGGCGCCGGAAUGCGGGCCGCCGGUUGUUAACUCCUGCCAUUGACAUGUCCGAGGAUGAAUUAGACCUUCCUACCUCGCCUUUGAGGACGUCAGGCCUGCGCCGCAAAGGGAAGAGCGAGCACGUCGGGAAGCAUCCGCAGCACCAGCCCCGCCAGUUGUUAACUCCUGCCAUUGACAUGUCCGAGGAUGAAUUAGACCUUCCUACCUCGCCUUUGAGGACGUCAGGCCUGCGCCGCAAAGGGAAGAGCCAGCACGUCGGGAAGCAUCCGCAGCACCAGCCCCAUUGGCAGGCUCCGUCAAUUGGCUCGUUCCGCCACAAUCCCAAACCCUCCAAGGCUGCUGCCACCACAGGGCUAUCUGACACUGAUGAUGAUGACUUCGACCUGACAGACCAUGACUUAGACAUUGCAGCUCCACCUUCCAGGACAUCGCGUCCGCGACGUGCUGCUGGUCGUCGGUUGUUAACUGCUGCCAUUGACAUCUCCGAGGAAGAUGAAGACUUAGACCUUGCUGAUGAUGACUUUGACUACCAAGACCCGAGGCCUUUUCAGCAACGCCCCUCUGGUCGACGAUUCGUGAUUGGGGAUGAUGACGACAGUGAUGUUCCUGUAGCAGUGGAUGUGGAGGAUGAUGACGAGGUGGAUUGGUCGGCGCUGGAGAAUGAGGACGAAGAGGAAUGCAAUGUGGGGAGAAAUGUGCAUGUGGAGGAGCGUGAGGGGGAUGUUGUGGGAAUGGCGUUGCGCAAGUGCUCACGCAUCUCGGCAGAUCUGCGACAGGAGCUUUUUGGUACUUCAGCACGAAAUAUUGAAAGCUACGCUGAAACAGAUGCUUCUACUUGCCGGAUUGUUACUCAGGAAGAUGUGAGUGCUGCAUGCACAAGUGAGAAUUCAGGGUUUGACCCUGUGUUGAAGCCGUAUCAGCUCGUGGGAGUUAAUUUCCUUCUCUUAUUGCAUCGGAAAAGCAUUGGCGGAGCAAUCCUGGCUGACGAAAUGGGUCUUGGGAAGACAGUGCAGGCUGUCACUUAUCUUACUUUGCUGCGGCAUCUAUAUAACGACCCAGGUCCACAUCUCAUAGUUUGCCCAGCUUCUGUGUUGGAAAAUUGGGAAAGAGAACUCAAGAAGUGGUGCCCUUCAUUUUCAAUCGUCAUGUUUCAUGGAGCUGGAAGGACUGCCUACUCAAAGGAAUUAAGCUCCUUAGGCAAGGCAGGCUGUCCAGCCCCAUUUAAUGUCCUUCUUGUUGGCUACACACUUUUUGAAAGACGAAGUGCUCAACAAAAGGAUGAUCGUAAGGCCCUCAAAAGAUGGCGAUGGAGUUGUGUUUUGAUGGAUGAAGCACAUGUUCUUAAAGAUAAGGGCAGCUUCCGAUGGAGAAACCUGAUGGCUGUUGCGCAACAUGCACGUCAAAGGCUAAUGCUGACAGGAACUCCUCUUCAAAAUGAUUUGCAUGAGCUAUGGUCAUUGUUGGAAUUUAUGAUGCCUGACAUAUUUGCCACUGGAGAUGUUGAUCUGAAGAAGCUGCUGAAUGCAGAAGAUCGCGGACUAAUUUCACACAUAAAGUCCAUUUUAGGGCCCUUUAUUCUUAGACGAUUGAAGUCAGAUGUAAUGCAGCAGCUUGUUCCUAAAAUACAACAUGUUAAGUUUGUCAUCAUGGACACAGAGCAGUCUAAAGCUUACCAAAAUUCCAUAGAUGAAUACCGUAGUGCUUGUCAGGCUCGUAGUACCAAGUCUUCAGUCGACAUUACCAAUAAUGUUGUUGGAUUGAUUCCAAAGCGGCAAAUAUCAAAUUAUUUUACACAGUUUCGCAAGAUAGCGAACCAUCCUUUGCUUGUAAGGCGUUUUUAUAGUGACAAAGAUGUUGAUCGAAUUGCAAGGUUGCUCUACCCUAAAGGUGCAUUUGGCUUUGAAUGUUCCUUGGAGAAAGCAAUCCAAGAGCUAAAGAACUACAAUGAUUUUGAUAUCCACCAACUAUUAAUAUCAUAUGGUGAUGCGAGUACAAAAGGUGCUCUAACAGAUGAGCAUGUUUUUGCAUCAGCGAAAUGUCAAGCCUUAGCAGAGCUAUUACCUUCUCUAGCAAAUAAUGGUCACAGAGUACUCAUAUUUAGUCAGUGGACCACAAUGCUUGAUAUUCUUGAAUGGGCACUGGAAGUAAUAGGAGUUACAUAUAGACGUCUUGAUGGGGGGACACCUGUAACAGAAAGGCAAACCAUAGUGGACACUUUCAACAAUGAUCAUUCCAUAUUUGCAUGUUUACUUUCUACAAGAGCUGGAGGCCAAGGACUGAACCUUAUAGGAGCUGACACAGUCAUUAUACAUGACAUGGAUUUUAACCCCCAGAUGGACCGGCAAGCUGAAGACCGCUGCCAUCGCAUUGGACAACAGAAACCUGUCACUGUCUACAGGUUAGUGACAAAAGGUUCGGUUGAUGAAAACAUAUAUGAGAUUGCGAGGCGGAAGUUGGUGCUAGAUGCUGCAAUUCUUCAAUCUGGAGCAGAGUUAGAUAAUAGCACUGAUGUACCAGAGAAGACAAUGGGCGAGAUUUUGGCAUCUCUUCUCCUGGCCUAAUCAUGGAGUGUGUUGGAGGGGAGUGACCUAUGCAGUGCACAUUUUCAUCCUACUGGCAAUUCGUGGAUGAGGUUUUAAUGAAUGUAAAUUAUCAUUUCUGAGAAAUAACCUGGCAGCUGUGAUGGUAUCAGUUACAAUCGGAGCAUGGCACUCGACUACUUUCAAACUGCUCUGUACAAUGCCUCUUUUCUGACUUCCAAUACUCAUACCGGAAUGUGUUCUGUCUUUCUUUCAAGAUAUUUUUUUUGCCUGCGAUAGCCUAAUUCUGACAAUUCUCUCCAGUUCUAUUUUUAUUAUCGCCUAAGUGGGACUUUUCAGUCAUUUUUCUAGACACGACGUAACCAUAUUCCAAAUGCAACAAAUACAUUUUAUGUUCGUGAAGGCUUUGGAUAUGUUUUUCUUAGUCCCUGAUUCUGGACUGAGGAUCUGCUUUGCUUACUAGACUUAUCUGACUUCUAGUUUGCCAAAUUUCUUGUAUCUACAUGUCUUGAUUUGGCUGAGAGCCUAGGAUCCCGGGCUAUCUGUUUAUAUUGUGAAGCUACGUUUUUGUAGAAGGAGAUUUGUUGAA